AUGUUACCUCGUAUUUCUUUUGGCCCGGAUAGUCAACAACUUGAUGAUUUAAUUAAUGUUUUUUGGGAAGAAGGUGAAACUAAACUUGUUGACUUCUUCGAGAACACGCCUGUCUCUGUUACAGUUAUUUCAUCUGAAUCUGAUAAAUUAUCUGAAUGCUUUAAUCAAUUUGACGACGGAAAUGUUAUUUGCAUUGAUUUAGAAUGGAAACCAAAUCGUAAUGAUCAAGCUCACCCUAUUUCUUUGUUCCAAUUUUGUUCUUCAAAAGGAGUUCUCAUUGUUCCUAACUCUUUAGAGGAUGGAACAGACUCAUUACAUAAUUUCCUUCAGGCACACACUUUCUAUGCCAAAGGAAUUUCUCAAGAUAAAAAGAAACUCCGCCAAAUGUUUGAUGAAACUUUUGACAUAAUUGAUAUUGAAAAAUAUUAUUUGACACCAAACAACUUGCCGCUCAAUUUCGAACAAAUGAUAACAACACUUGUAGGAGAACCGAGUGCACAAUUCAAAGACAAGAAGAUGACAACAAGUGAUUGGACAAAAAGACCACUUUCUGUCAAACAAAUUUUAUAUGCAGCAUUUGAUGUUUAUGGCUUGUUUUUAGCUGUUAAAAGUCUUAAAAUGAAAUAUAAAUCACAGAAAAUUGUCCAACCACCGAAACAAAAGUCAAAAAAAGAUAGAAAAAGAAAGGAUAAAACAGAAAAAGUCAAAAAAGAACCAACUCCAAAAUCAUAUCGUCCUGUUUUUACAACAGAUGUUGCAUAUCGCGGUUCAGAAAUAUUCGAUAAGAGUAUAAUAAGGAAAGAAAAGAUUUAUGAGCCCACAAAAGAGUUUGGACCCAAACAAACAAUGUUAAAUCAUUAUUUGGCAACAGGUGAAGUGACAAAUAAUUUUUGUCAUAUUUGUCAAAAAGAAUUUGAUGACAUUAAAAGCCAUGUUUGGGAUUUUCAUGGUGAAAUCAUUCCAAAUCUUUAUUUUCCUUGUCAAACUCCUUCUUAUCUAAAGAGAGUUAUUCAUGAAAUUAUUUUGGGGUUAUCUGUUUUCAAAGAAGUUGAAGAAAACAACUGGGAAUGUCAAAUAUGUCAUCGUAAACUUAACACAAUUCAUAUUGCAUUUACACACGCGAGAUUAGAGCAUGCGAAAAUGAUAAAGCAAAUGCCGGACAUGAAAUUGAAAGAUAUUGUAUAUUCGUACUAUAAAAUGGAGAAGAGAAUUCGCGAAGAAAAUGAUCAUUUCUAUUUCGAUUCUACUGAAUUUGACAAUGAAGAAGAAUUGAAAGAUUACGCAUGGACAAAUCAUGGAACUAUUUUAUCCAGUAUGUGGAAACAUUCACCUACAUGUUAUAAUGAUGAAGACAUUUACAGUGAUGAAGUUAUGAAUCUCGGAAUUGACUGCGCAAAUAAAUUAAAGUUUGGCGAAGUCAAUCAUGGAAUUUUGUCAUGUUUCGAUUGUGGAAUUGGAUUUGAUUCUCCUUGUGAACUGUUUGUCCAUUUAUUUCAUAAACACACACAGAUUUUUGCAUUGCAAAAGGAAGAUAUUCCUGAGGAUUAUCCUUUGAUUUGCUAUAAAAUCCCUGGAGAAUUCAAUAGAAUAUUAAUGAGGUUCACUCUUGAUAAUGCAAUUGAAGAACUUGUUAAUGCAAUGGUUUUGGAGAGAAAGAGUGAAAAUCAGUAUGAUUUGAAAUGUGCUGAUUGCAAUGUUGAUAUGAAUGAUGAAAACUCAACUUGGGAGCAUUUAUCACAUCAUCAUUUAGUCUGCGUUUUCAGGAAAUCUAAAGUAAUGAAUUUCUCUAGUAGUGAUGAAGAAAAUGCGAACGAGUAA